AUGCCAAGCCACACCCAACCAGCUAAUCCUCCGCGCCCGCCGAACCCCUUCAUCUGCUUCCGCUCAGACCGCUUCCAGGACUAUCAGCGAGAGACAAAGGCUGCGGGGCGGACGGCGCCGCUUCACCAGCAAGAGCUCUCGAAGCGUGUCGCGCGCGAGUGGCACGAGCUCGAUGCCGCAGGGAGGGCGUAUUACGAGCGCGUCGCGGAGGAGAGGAAAGAGGAGCAUAAGAGGUUGUAUCCUGGGUACAAGUACCAGCCAAAGAAGAGGGAGGAAGUACAGGACGAGGUCAGGACGAGGGCGCGGACGAAUUCGACUCCGACCUUGAGAGCUCCCCCCAGCGUUGGCAAGGACCUGCAGGAGAAGUUGAACAGGAGCAGGUUCCGGCAUGCCCCGCCGAUCGAGCCAAACUUCACCACUCUACCAUCGACCGCCUUCCCCGCGCCUUACAGCCCAUUCGCCAACCCUUCGGCAGCCACAUCCCAGCCGUCUCCAUCGCACGCGUCAACCGCGAAAUAUGUUCCCGUCCCCGUGUCGACCUUCCGCCGGCUCGUUAACACGCAACAGCCCCCUUCGCGCACGGUGAACCCCACGGUGCUCCGCUCGCCGCACCUCCUUGCGUACUCGUCCAUGGCAGAGCUCCAGGAAGCCGUUGCCUUUGCGGAGGGUCGGAAGCCACACCCCGGUGCGGGGUUUUCCGAGCACGCAACAGGGACCGAGGUGCAGUACGUACCGGUGCCCGUACGGUCAAGGCCGAGCACGCGGAGCGCGACGGCGGUGGGCCUCGUAGCGUACCCGUCGAUGAGGGCGCUGCAGGCCGAGUUCGCGGUCGCUGACGAAUCGCCUGCGGCGUUCCUCGAGACGCAAGACCCUGCGAGCGUGAUGGGCUUGAAUGCGGCAGCAGCGGUGGGGACGUCUGCUGGGCACCGGGCACUUGCCGGCGGCGCGUUUAGGUAUCCGACGUCUGACGCGCUCGCGCCCUUCCUCGACGAGGAGACAAGGUGGCGAGUGGAGUACCCGGGGAUGCCACGUUCAGACAGGAUGGAGGUGGACGCCCAUCACUAUGCGUUUGAGGGCGCGUCUCCCAGGGGAUGGGAGAUGGCCUCUGACUUCACGUCUCGGCGUUAG